AGCAUAUAACAUAUAUAUAUCAGUGCAUAUAACCUAUUCAGAAGCAGGAAAUCAGUUGAAUAAUGUCGUUCAAAAAGGAUCUUUUUUUGUUAAUAAAGCCGUAUUACCUAGUCAAUAUAAUCAUCAGUCUUUCUUACAUCGUUGCUAAGCGCUUACCGGUCUUGUGUAAUUAUUUAUUUCUACAAUCCGAGUGUGAAUUAAGCGGGCGAGAAACUGAGAUCUUGUUUUUUCUGAUGAUCGUAAUAAUGAUCAGAACACGCAAGGCAGGCAGUGUUACCAUGAUAAAUUAUCUAUCAGCCAGUUUUAUCUACACAAAAAUCGCUAAUUUGAUUCUCUGGCUCCAUGCCGAUGUGCGAAUGGGAAUAAUCUUUGGAAUAAUAUUCAUUCUGUGCGGACUUGUAUUACCAGAACCAACUUACCAAGGUCCUGAAAACGUUGUAUAUUUGCGUGCAGCUUCUGGACUCCAAGAUGAACUUCAAAGAGAUAACAGAAUCAUUUGGCUGGUUGCAUUUUACACAGUGUGGAAUCCGGCUUGCGUGAACUUUGCUCCAACAUUUGCACAAUUAUCUGCAGAGUAUGCUUUGGACAAUUUGAAAUUUGGUAAAGUUGAUAUCGGUAGAUAUCCGGAUGCUGGAGCAAAAUAUAACAUCAGUGACUCUAGCAUGAGUCGGCAGCUGCCCACUCUAAUACUUUUUAAAGAAGGAAAAGAAGUACAAAGACGUCCUCAUGCUGAUCACAGGGGGAAACUACAAAAGUUUCUUUUUUCUGCUGACAACAUCAAAGCAGCGUUUGAUCUGAACAAUAUUUACAAAGAAUGUAAAAAUAAUCCGUUGAAAAGAAGAGACAAGAAGCCACUGAAAGAAGAAUAAUUUAUUAUUUUCAAUCCAUUUAGACAGCUAUUUAUAACAGCUUAAUAUCAAUUGAUUAAUUUCUUGAUAUGCACAAGCUGCAUUAUACAAGUUGAUUUUGUGUAUGCACUUUGUAGGAUUUUCUUUUUUUUAUGUAAUUUAAUACUGUAUUUGUUACUGUAUAAUACUGUAUGUGAGAUAAUAUGUUG